CCUCGCGCCCACGUUUGCAGGAGGCGGACUACUGACCCUCAAUUCCGGAAGCGCGCAAUGGUAGUCGGUCGCCGGUAAAUCAGCCAUGGAUUCAUUCAAGGAGCUCCAGGACACCAUCUCUGCCGCCCUCGUUUCGACCACGCGCUCUGCGACCCGCAUCAGCGGCGCCGACAUACCCUUCCAGCGCUCGCUCAACCCACAGAUUGCUACUGCGCUCGACUCUCAAAAUGCGCGGCUUCUCCAACUGGCAGAGCGUCUUUUCGAGAAUGCUACGGCGAGCUCGGACGCUGUAGGUCCCAAGCUACCCGACGCCGAAUCAAUAGACGGCAAUUGGAGGGGGGUUGUUGAUGUCAUCGACAGCUUGCUUGAGAAGGCGGACACUAGUCUGGACGAGUAUACUGGAGUCAUAAAGCGCUUGAGUCCUGGCGCGGAUCAGGCCGCGAUUGCUGUGAAGCCCCGCCCCAAUCUCGCCACACAGAAGCAUAUUCCGAAGCCUCAGCUUUCGUUCGAGCAUGUUCCCAAGAACAAAGAGACUGGUGGUUUCCGGCCUCUGAUGUCGUCGAAACCGCAUGCGAAAAUCCCACUUGAAGUGUGCUUGAAGACAUUCAAGGACAGCAACGGCCGCGAACAAUAUUCCCAUCCCUACCAAACCGAGGUCGAAUCCUACGAAUAUCCCGCAUCGAUGUACGAGAAAACCGAGCCGCACCCCUACCCGCCUUUUGAGUCCACCUCUGCCGCAUUCGUCGACACGCCGGAAUCCUUGGCCAUGAUGCUUGCGGAAUUAAAGACUGCGAGAGAGAUAGCCAUCGAUCUAGAGCAUCACGAUAACCGGUCUUACAUUGGUAUCGUAUCAUUAAUGCAGAUCAGCACACGCGACAAGGACUGGAUAGUUGACACUCUCAAACCUUGGCGACGGAGAUUAGAAUGCUUAAACGAGGUUUUCGCGGAUCCAAACAUAGUGAAGGUACUGCACGGCUCCUACAUGGACAUAGUAUGGCUCCAACGGGACUUGGGACUAUACAUUGUGGGACUAUUCGAUACCUAUCAUGCUGCUCGAACACUGGGAUAUCCAGGCGCAAGCCUGGCGUUUCUUCUCGACAAGUUCGUCAAUUUCAAGGCGCAGAAACAGUAUCAGUUGGCAGAUUGGCGGACACGGCCAUUGUCCAAAGAACUCUUCGAAUAUGCGCGAGCAGACACCCAUUUUCUGCUCUACAUAUUCGACAAUAUGCGGAAUGAACUCAUUGAGAAGUCGGACUUCCGAGAUCCGGAGAGGAACAAAGUUCUCGACGUCUUGAACAAGUCCAAGGAGACGGCGCUGCAACGAUACGAGCAUCCCGUAUACGACACAGAACUUGGUCUCGGUCCGAUGGGAUGGUAUAGACUUAUCUCGAGAACGCCGGUGCAAUUCACGCCCGAACAGUUUGCGGUUUUCAGGGCAGUGCACAAGUGGAGAGACGACGUGGCGCGCCAGGAGGAUGAAAGCCCGCUCUUCAUAAUGCCCAACCACGCGGUGUUCUCCAUCGCGCGAUUGAUCCCCUCGGAUAAGGCGGCGCUGUUCAAUGCUGUACAGCAUGUAUCGCAUAUCCUACGCGUGCGGGCGGACGAGCUUGUCACACUCAUCGCAGAGGCGAAAGGGGAGGGCGUAAAUGGGCCUGAUCUUUACGUGACCCUUCAGAGGAUUGCGGAUCUCAGGAAGGAAGAACGGGCACAACCUGAGACUGUACCGGUCCAAGUGACACCCACACCUCUCGCACCAAUCGUCCGACAGGUACCCCUUCCUGUGGCUCUAGACAGUCCUGCACUCCGUGCUUCUCGGUCGAGCUUCUGGGGCAAGCUGUGGUCAGGAGCUGUUGAACAGCGACGAUCUCUUUCUAACUUGAGUAUUAACCUUGCAGUGCCUUUGCCGCCGCUUACUGCGGAAAUUUUCGCUGACACGAACGGAGUCGCAGAAGGGGGUACCCCAAUGACCGAGAAGCCAGAGCAUACCUUCGUCCCCAAGGAGGAGCGGCCAGCAGAGGACGAGCGUACUGACAUCUUCGUUGUCAAGCAACUCGGCGGACGAAAGCGCAAGCGUGCAGAGACCGCAGAAGAUUUGACUGAGUCUACUCCUCAGCUGGAUCCUAUGCAAGAAGAUGAGAUCAUGCUCGAAGAAACCCCGGUGGCUGCUUGGAGAACAGAAAAGGAGGCCAAGAAAGCAGCCAGGAAGGCGAAGAAGGAGCGGAAGACUCAAGAAGCUGCUGCUUCAGAAGGACUAAACUAUGAUGACGAACCAUUCGAUUACGCGAAUGCGCCCUCUGUUCUACACGCCCGGGACGCAGAAAAGAAACAGACGAAGAAGGAUAAGAAAGAGAAGAAGAAGGAUCAGGGUUUCAAUCCUUAUUCAAAGCUCACGGAUGCGCCCAAGGGGCUGCCCAGGGCGCAGAAGGAGAGUGCGGGGAGAAGUAAGACAUUCACGUCAUGAGCGAUUGCCGGUCUUCAGGACUGGUCAUCCUGGGCAUGGGGGAGUCUUUGUACAUACUAUGAUACCUUCCUAGACCCUCUGGCAUCAAAAAUUCAUCGAAGGCUCCGGUGAGCCGAUACC